AAUGGGAAGGGAGCUGGAAGUCAAUUGCCAUUUUACCGGUUUAAUGCGUCAUCAACGGGCGUCAUGUGGCGCAUUAUGGAACUUUGUCUGGACUACAUUUCGGCGUGAUUUGCUAUUACCCGGGAGAGUCCUGGAGGGCGGAAGCCGGAAGCUGCACGGAGGAGGGUGGGGCCAAGUAAGCCGGGUUAUUGAGGCUUGUUACCCAGCUUGGAGGGAGGUGAUAGGGGCGGGGCUGGGAAGAUGUGAUGGCUUGUGAUUGGAAGAGGGGUGGGGUUAAAUAAGACUGACGAGGCUAUGAUUGGGCGGCAAUAUGAAGGCGGUCUCUUUAGUUCUGGAGAGGUAGGGCCUGGGCACAGAGCUCACUGACGGGGGUCGCAGCCGACGAAGUGAAUAAGACGUAAGGGGGUCGUCCCGGCGGGAAGCUGGUGGGGGGGGCGGGUCAGACGUUGGGAUCCUGAAGGGGUCGCGGAGCACCAUGGCUGGGAAGGGCUGAGCAGUGGGGGCGGGACAAGGCCGACGUCAACGUCACGUGGGAAGGACGCGAAGCCCGCGCCCUAGAGCGGGAAGUCCGAAGAGGGCUGAAGUGGGGCGAAAGGGGCGGGGCUCGGGCCGGCCCAGGAGAAGUCAUCGGAGGCGGGGCCUCGGGCCUCCUCCUCGCCCUUACCCGGCGCGCGCGCUCCGAGACCAGGCAUGCCCCUUGGUGGCGCGCUCCCCCUGGGCACGUGCCCGGACCUAUGUCCCGAGGCGGAGCGCGCGGCGCGCGAACGGCAGCGGCGCCUCCAUCGUCUGGAGGCGGCCCCAGCGCGCGCCGUCAAGGAGUACGCGCGGCCGGCGGCGGGCAAGCCUCGCCCGCCCCCAAGCCAGCUGCGGCCGCCGCGCGUGCUGCUGGCCACCGUGCGCUACCUGGCGGCUGAGGUGGCCGGCCGCGCCGACGUGCCCCCGCCCGACGUGGCCGCCUUCGUGUGGGAUCGGCUGCGCGCAGUGCGCCUCGACUUAGUGCUGCAGCCGGGCGCGCCCCCAAAGGACGCCGCCGCCGUGCUCGAGGCCGCGCUCGCCUGUCAGCUCUGCGUGUCCGGCCCGCCUGGAGGCGAGCCCGGCCGGGGCCCCGGCGCGGGGCUGGACCCGCAGCUGUUGCACGCGCAGAUGCAGGAGGCCUUCGGCUCCCUCCGCCGCUGCUACGCGGACGCUGCCAGCCCCGAAGCUCACCCGCGCCAGGGCCUCUUCCAGAGCCUGUUCCUGCUGUACAACCUGGGCUCCGUGGAGGCCCUGCGCCAGGUCCUGCUGCUGCCCGCUGCCCUGCGCUCCUGCCCGGCCCUCCGCCGGGCCUUGGCCGUGGACGCCGCCUUCCGCGAAGCCAACGCCGUGCGCCUGUUCCGACUGCUCGGAGCCCUGCCCUACCUGCCCAGCUGCGCCGCCCAGCGCCACGUGGGGCCCGCCCGCCGCCGGGCCCUGGCCGCCCUGGCCCGAGCCCUGGGCACCUCUCGAGGCCAGGCCUUCCCGCUGCGCCGCCUGGCCGGCCUGCUGGCCAUGGACAGCGUGGAGGACGCGAGAGCCCUGUGCCGGGCCCACGGGCUGGCGGUGGAGGGGGAGGAGGGAAAGGAGCAGGCUGUGUUCGUGCGUGGCCAGUACACAGAGAGCGAGCCCCUGCCGGCCCUGCCUUGUGCCCUGCUGGUGGAGAGCAAGCUGGGGGGCUGCACCCUGGAACAGGUGGUGAUGGGGGAGGGUCCGGACGAGGCGGAGGGAGUCCUCCCCAGGACGCCCACGUGAAGCCCCCUGCCCUCGCCCCUCAACCCCUCACGCCAAAGACUCGGGAGACUCCUUUGCCCACUCUGCCAGUAAAGGCGCCUUUCUUAA